AUGCCUGCCUCUAGAAUCCCGUCGUCUCGUUCUUCCCAGAAGAAGGUGUCCAUUAAUGGACUCGCUCGUCAUAUCGAACAGCUUGUUGACAAGGAGGUAGAGAAAUCUCGUCAAUUGGAGGAGGAGGAGGAAAACUUGAUGCGGGAGAUUGCGGUUCUUCAUAACCGUCUGAUCCGUACUCACGAGCAGAAAAGACAUUCGUUGCGUCGACAGAAGGAGUAUUUUGAUCGCGGGAUGGCGGAUCUUGCGGAGGAGAUGAAUAGUGGGAGCGAGCUGUCUAAUGGCGACGUCUUCGUCGUUGAGGGUUCCGGUGAGCCCGACUGGGUGCAGGAGCUGAAUGCGAUGUCUCCUGGCUCUCUGGAACAGCUGGCGGUUUCGGUCAGUCAGGGUUCUGACGGUGCCAAUCCUCAAUCUCUUUCUUGA